ACAAUACUCUUAGCCCAACAAAGUUAUUUGAUACUGAUAAGAUUAUAACCAAUUUUGUAAAGAGACGAAGCGACAGUGAUAAGAUAUACAUAAAAUGAUUUCGCUGCUUCGAAAGCGUUUUCAGUAAGUGUUUAGAUUCGACUGUGUUGGCUACAAAUUAUCGCACAUGAAAAUGAGAAGUAAUUGGUUAGCGACUAUUUUAUUAGUCGUGUUGUGCACUUCUCUAGCAACAGCGGAUAAUACCACCACAACUACUGUUGCACCAACGACUGCAGCAACGACACCAGUACCAAAGAUAAAUGUUAUGAAAAGCGAUUUAUGCAAAAAAUGUGUUUGCUUAAGUAAUCCAGAUUACUCACAGAUCGAUUGUAGUGAAAGGAAAAUGAAUCUGCUCUUCAGUGUUGACGAAUGGAAGAUUCUACAAAAUGGCGAUGUCACUUUUGACGUUAUAAAAUUUGAGCAUAAUAACAUUACAAAUCUUACCGGCUUUCCCAGUUAUCCAGUUAAACGUCUUUAUUUGGGUUUCAAUCAUAUCGAAACAAUUGCCAAGUCCGCAUUUGCUAAUCUGACGCAACUGACUAAAUUAGAUUUAUCACAUAAUAAGUUGAAGGUCAAACAAUUGGAUCCCGAUGUAUUCCGUGGCGUAUACGAUGUACAUGAUUAUUUGCCUUUAGGCAAAAUGAUUGAAUUGGAUUUAGGUUACAAUGAAUUACACAGUUUGGAUCCGGAUGUCUUCGAGCAUUUACCGAACUUAGAGACAUUGAUUUUGUCCGGGAACACAUUUCAAGUGGUCGAUCACAAUGCAGCCACUGCUAUCUCGGGUUUGAUAUCACUGAAGACUUUGGAUAUGUCAUUCAUGGAACUUGCAGAGCUACCUGAUUAUCUACUUCAUGGACCACGUGAUUUGGAAACAAUAAUUUUAACUGGCAAUCUGUUCGACGAGCUACCAGAUGAUUUGCAUUUGGCGCCAAAUCUCCGUGAGUUAGUGCUCGAUGAAAAUCCAAUUGGCAAUUUGACUGGAGAUAACGUAUUUCCGACACUACCUUAUUUGACUUACUUGAGCAUGUCCUAUAUGCCAGAUCUGGAGGAAAUCGGUGCCGGCGCAUUUUCGGAAUUGCAAAAUUUAACUACAUUAAUCUUGGCGAGUAAUCCGAAAUUGGGCAGAAUCGACGUAAACGCAUUUUCGAAGAACACAACAAACCCGGAAAUAUUGGCUUAUCCACCAAUGAAGAAGCUGCACAUUCACAAUAACAACCUUACGACUUUGGAACACAAAUUAUUUCAACGUUGGGAUUUGAUCACCGAACUGGAUUUACGUUACAACUAUUGGACCUGUGACUGCAGCAAUCGUUGGCUCAUCGAAGUUUUGAUGGUGCAAAUAAAUAACACCACACCGUUGUGGAUCCAUGAUGUCAACUGCUAUCAGCCGAACGCUUUGCGUAAUCUACCGCUGAUUCAGCUCAGCACGGAGGAGAAUAGGCUAACAUGUAGCAUAGAGGGUGGUAGCCCGAGUGGCAGCCUUUUCUUGAUCGGGCUGCUUGUUGGCAUUUUGUUGUGCAUACCAAUAUUAUUGGGUUCCGUUGCAAUUUGGCGUCGUGGUUGCUUGGGCUUGAAUCGCAACAAUUAUGGCGCUAAUCGUUCGCUGUACAAUCGUGCCAAUUUCAACGAUGAGUUACACAUCUAAGACACGGUUUAUUUUAAAGUUAUUGUAUAGUAGGUUUUAUUUUUUUUUUAUAAAUUGUGUACCUUUAAAGGAAAUAUGCAUACAUACACACUUAUGUAUGUAUGUACUAUAUACAAUCGGCUGAAGUCAUGAAUAAUAAUAAAAUUUAUUUUGUUAUUUCACAAA